GUUUUAUUUUGUACGUUGAAACCGGAAGUUAUUUUCCCACGCGCUAGCCUGGCUGUCAUCGGCGGUGCUGAUGUGAAGUAGCUACGUUAUACAUUUUCAUAGCAGUCUCGCUAGUGGCCUACUAACACUUGCACAUCGUGAUAAUUUAUACGCAGACUCGUUUAGCUUUUAAAAAAAAGUGUCGUCGUAGUAUUUAAGCGAGGCGCCAAAGGAAAAUUGUAUCUCACUAAAAGUCGAUAGUGGCUGUUGGCCAGUGAACGCUACGGCAGCGAAAGGCUAAUGACGGUAGGCUAAAGUGCUAGCGGUGAGCGUGCCCCGUACCAACCGUAUUUUCUCUAACUCGGUGCAGAGGCUCCAGUCACGUCGCUGGCAGCCUGAGGCUCAUUACAGCCGCCAUGGUGGGAGACCGUGGCACCUGUUAGUAACCGACCUUAACGUCAACGACCUGCGUCUGCGGAGUGUGGAGAAAUGAACACGCCGCUCGGCAGGAACGGGUUAAUCGGGCUUGCAGUCGGAGCUACGGCCGGCUUGAGCUUGAUUGCCUUCAUCAUUUACCGAGAGAUCAGUAAGCGAAGAUCCCAGAGACUGGUGCUGGGGGCCCGUCCAGCUCCCCGGCUGUUUGACAGCGCGGACGGAGCGGCGCUGCUGCGGGAGACGCUGGAUACUCAGGAGGCAGAGGCCCAGGAGCAGGCUCUGGCAGCAGUGGAAGCAGUGGUUCAGGGCCUGUCCCCAGAGCAGCAGCUGGAGCUCAGGAACCAGCUGGACCAGGUGCUGAGCUGUGUGGCCUCACUGCGCUCAGAGGUGGCUGAGUUGAGGGGCGGCCUGCAGGACAUCGCCCUGCAAAUCAUUCAGGAUGUCAAGAAGGGAGUGGAGGACAGUCAGCGGGUACGUCGGCGCCGUCAUCUCGUCCACAGAGAGCGCACUGACUCCGCCAGCUCCAGCUCCAUCUAUUUCACUGCCAGCCAGGGCAUGGCCAGCACGUAUGAAGAGACCAGCGAAGGAGGGUACUCCACCGCCUACGCUGAGUCAGACUACACAGACCGUGACACAGACAGAGAGGAGGGCGAGCGGGAGCCUGAGCAGGAGUCUGAGGAGGAAGAAGACAGGAGCGUUGCCACAGUCCUCACCCUCCGCCAGGAAGACUCUCAGGAUGAGGAGGUGGAGGAAGACAGGGAGCUGGAGGAUGAGGAGGAGGAGGAUGAUGAGGGGAUGCUGCAGCUGGUGACUGAAGUUCCCAGUGGGGAGCUGGCUCUCCUCCUGGCUCAGAUUGACAUCCUCCACACAGGAGAUGCCAGUUUAAAGGCAGAGGGCUUUCGACUGCUGCUGGACAACAGAGCAGAGUAUGGAGACAGCAGGGAGUUUCUAUGGCGACUGGCUCGGGCCUACAGUGAUAUGUACGAAUCCACUGAGGACAAACAAGAGAAGAAGACCUAUGCACAACAAGGUCGCGAGGAGGCAGAGCUGGCCCUGAAGAAGAACGGCCUGAACGCUGAGUGUCACAAAUGGUUUGCUGUGCUGACAGGACUGACCUCACAGCAGGAGACCAUGCACGGAAAACUGAAGAGCAGCCACAUACUGAAGGAGCACCUGGACCGUGCUAUCGCCCUCAGAGAAGAUGACCCCGUGUGUUUCUACCUGCUGGGUAGAUGGUGCUACGAGGUAGCCACUCUGGACUGGUUGGAGAGGAAGGCGGCUGCUGCCCUGUACCAGAGCCCCCCCUCCUCCACGCUGCACGACGCCCUCGAGAACUUCCUCAAGGCAGAAGAACUGAGUCCGGGUUUCUCCAAGACAGUGAGACUUUACAUCGCAAAGGUAAAGAAUCGGCUCCCUCAUCCUGGAGAGUCAUUCGACAGUGCCACAAGGAGCUGGGAAACAUCUCUGAGGCCACAAACUGGACCGAGCUGGCUCUGAAGAUGUCCACCGGCACCAAUGACGAUGAAGAAACGUCUAAACUGGAGGCUCAGCUCCGGAUCUUAACUAACAGAAAAAUCUGACCGAUUCCUUUCAACGGAGGUCCAGCAGAGGGAGACACUCAGUCGAUGGCACUGAUUGGCCAGUCAGGUCGCCAAUCUGUGAUCUUCCAGUCAGAUGGGCAGUGCAAAUGGCACACUAACUUUCUCUCCCCUCAUUGGUUGAUAUCUUUGUUAUGAUGUCACUGUGAAAUGAUAUGGAGUUAAUGAUGUUUAUUUAUUUUCUGCAGACUUUAUUAUUGUGGCUUAACUGAGUUGGUAUCAGUAUUAUGGCUUGUAGUGUGUAUGGUAUCAUAAUGUUUAUUUUAUUUUUUUACUGAAAAUCAGUGAUUAAACACAAGUAGGUUUUAUUUUCAGCACCGUCACGGGAAUGCAAUGGGAUCAGUUCACCCAAAUGACAUGACGACAGAACAGACGUGUCCACGCUUCCCUCCAGUGAUUAUAUAGUCAUGCAGAUGGUUUUGCUUUUUGGUCCAGAGACCAAUUUUAGAGACAGAUAUGUCAAAGCCUGGACAAAUAAAACUAUCUGCAUGGCUACAUACCACUAGCUUUUUAUUUAGAUUUUUGGA